AGCGGGCAAGUUUGAAACUUUGUGCUUUCUUGCCAUGAAGAUAGCACCCGUGGGGUCUGGCCACCAGAAGACCAUUCUGGAGCGUUUUACGGCCGCUCCUUGUAUCACCACAAUGGUAGUCGGAACAAUGUGGGCUUUGGUUCUUACUAUAUCUUUGUUGGCUCCACUACGCGUGGUAAUUUUUGUCGCGAGUUGGCACAGUUCACAGUGACAGGCAUCUAAUGAAGUGGUAGCUGUGUUGCCUUGUGCCUUUCAUUAUUACGGCGGAAAUCAUCGCAUCUACAUUGCUGGCGUGCGACUUUGUCCUUAUUAUCAAUCAAAUAAAGAUUCUGUAAGUGUUGUUUGUUUCCUGGAAAUUUUGUGCAUUGGUAUCGACAGAGUUAUUUUCUGUUCCCUCUGCCCUUCCGCUUUUGCACUCGGCUUUCAACAAGCGUAGUGGUGAGUAUAGCUGUUUGUUUCUGUCAGUUGACAGAGUUAACUUUGUUUUUGUUAGCAUGUCCUUGUUGCGUUGGUUUUCAACUUUUUGCCAAGCGUUUUGGUGAGUAUAGCUGCUUGUUUCUCUCAAUCGGCAGACGGAAUCACUGACGCGGCGUUUUGCGGUAAGUCGGCCCAGGGGCAUUUGGGACGGACGCUCAUGUGACAGAGUCAACUUUGUUUUCAAUAUCAUGUCUUUUUGCGAUGACUGUUCACCAAGCGUCUUGUUGAGGCUGCCCGCCUACAGGCUGAAGCAGCGGCUCCAAGCCGAAGCUGAAGCAGACACCCAGGCACGCCGCAAGGAAGCCCAGGAUCUGCUGCAGCGGCACGAAGCCGCCAGCAUCGAAAGACUCAAGUUCUGGCAUUUUCAACCGUCCAACGGCGACGACGCAACACCGGAGGAGCAGCACAAGGAGUUCCUCUCCAAACUCGUGACACGGUUGUUAUACGCUUGCAACUACCAACAGUCCGAGUUAGAGAGACAGAACCAGGAACUGCAGCAACAGUACCAGGAUCUGAAGAAACAGCACCAGGAGUUGGCGAACCUCCGCCGGACAGUGCAGAGUCACGAGGAUGCUACACGGGCACUCAAUUCCCGUGUACUGGACUUAGAGCAAGCUGCACCAGGACCAGAUGCUGGUGUGUCCAGCAGUGCACCCUCUAACAGCCAACCGGAGGAACGCGUUGACCACGUCGUCGCAAUGCUCGGGGACAUCAGCACCUUCGCUGAGCCGACCACCAUCGACAAUCAGCUGGAUACCUUGAAGACCGAGGUCCAGCAACUACAAUUGCCUAACACGAAUGGCAACAGCACACAGCAUUACAAGAUGCCAACUUUUCAAAUUGAGAAGUUCGAUGACUACACGCAUCGGGACCCGGUCCUCUGGUGGGAAGGUUUCACGACGCAGCUUCGGAUUUUGUUAGUCGCCAAACACGCGUACAUCGGCGCCCUGUUUCUUAACUCAAAGGGCGGAUGCCAGGUCUGGUUAACCCACCUGGCAGCCACCCACGGCGUCGACGUCGCAGAUCGGAAAGACAAGAUCUCAUGGGAAGAGUUAACACGGCUGUGGAAGAAGCGGUUCAUCCUCACGGAAUGGAAGAAGAUCGCGGCAACACCCGAUCUCGACUUGCCAUUUACGCAUCUGCGCCGUGAGUUCUACAACAGGUCAUGCGCUGCAUUGAGCCUUGCUCUUGGUGAUCGCGAGCAGUAUGCAACCUUCGCUGAGAUCAUUGACAAGGCGAGGGAGAUCAUCAAGACCAACAGGGCAGCUGCACACGAGAAGUCAGCAUGGCAGCCAACCUAUGUGGAGAAGCUUCGCCGCCAUCUACCGUCGGGGAUUCAACGUCAUGGUAAAGACUCGACUGCCUUGCUAGCGGCCUCCUACACAUCUGGGGAGGAUGCGCAUGUCGCAAGUCUUCGGUACACUUACGAGGACUAUGCUGUCCACUUGGUCCCACCGCUGGACCAACCGCUCCACGUGCAACAAUCUACCGCAUGCACGGUUUCAUCACCAUUGGCAACCGAUUCGGCAGCUUCGCCGCCAUCUACCGCCGGGGAUUCAACGUCAUGGUCAAGACUUGAAGAGCUCGACCCGUUGACUUUUGCGGACUUCCAAUGGAUGCCCCUUCCCCGGUCCGGUCGAUUGCCGAAACCGCAUUGCAACGUGCUCAUGGCACAAUUGCGGGAUUACUUGCACACUGCAGUACCGACUGCGUUGAUGGACGCCGGAGUAGAGGUUGUCGACCUUCACGCCUACAUUGCGAAGAUCGACCGCGAGUUCAAGACGCAACGGUACAACGACCUCGAGGCACCAGUGUUAUAUGUACGCAUUCGAAUCGGAGAGGCGACCUGCAGCGCUUUGAUCGAUUGCGGAGCAUCUCACAACUACAUCAGCCAGGACUUCAUGGUGCGCGUCGGCCUUGGCCCACGCGUCCGGAGGAAGUCCCAGCCCACACAAGUCACGUUGGCAAACGACCACACGCACAAGUCAAUCGACCGGUGCAUUGAUGACGUCCCAAUGUACUUUGCCCCUCACGCAAGUGAGGCAGUGUCCUUUGACAUUCUGGACACCAAAUUCAACAUGAUCUUGGGCAUGUCAUGGCUGCGAAGCGAGGACCACCCGGUGAGCUUCUACCGCCGCACCGUUCACGUUUGUGAUCGGAACGGAGUACUAGUCCCAUGCACGGUGGCUCCUCCUCACCCUUCUAUCAACUGCCACGUGGUAUCCGCCGCAAGCAUGCGAGCUUCCAUCAUCAGAGACGACAUCGAGGAGAUGGGGGUCUGUUUUCUCCACACCCUCCCGCCCCAUGACGCUUCACCAACGGACUCAUCUUCGGAUCCACGCAUCACCGAGCUUCUCGACGCCUACGGCGACGUGUUCGAAGGCCCGCACGGAGUAGUACCGGAUCGUCCCAUCCGCCACGAGAUCAUCCUCGAGGACGGGGCCGUACCUCCGCGCGGUUGCAUCUACCGAAUGAGCGAGGAAGAGUUAAGUGUGCUUCGGGCACAACUCGACGACCUUCUGGAGAAAGGCUGGAUUCGGCCUAGCUCAUCGCCAUACGGUGCUCUUGUUCUCUUCGUCCAGAAGAAGAACAAGGAUUUGCGGUUGUGCAUCGAUUAUCGCAAGCUCAACGCGCAAAUGAUCAGAAACGCCGGCCCUCUCCCACGCAUCGACGACCUUCUCGAGCGACUGGGCGGCGCCAAGUUCUUCUCCAAGCUGAACCUCAAGUCGGGAUAUCACGAACUCGAGAUUCGGAAGGAGGACCGCUACAAAACCGCGUUUAAGACACGGAGUUUGGACGAGCAUGUGGAACACCUGCGCACCGUUUUGGAGCUGCUACGACAAGCCAAGUACAAAGCCAACCGCGACAAAUGCGAAUUCGUGCGGCAGGAGCUGGAGUACUUAAAACAUUAUGUGACGCCGCAAGGCAUCCGUCCACUCGCGGACAAGAUCGAGGCCCUCCACGUAUGGCCCGAGCCCACCAACACCAUGGACGUUCGUUCAUUCAUGGGGUUGGCGGGCUACUAUCAGCGAUUCAUCACCGGAUACGCAAGGAUUGCUGCACCUAUGACGAGAUUACAAUCGCCAAAGGUGCCAUUCGUAUUCGAUGACGACGCACGCCGGUCAUUCCAAGCACUCGAGACGGCCAUGCUCAUGGCACCCGUCCUUAGCAUCUCUGACCCCACCCUGCCGACGAGAGUGACAACUGAUGCUUCCGGCUAUGGCAUUGGGGCAGCCUUGGAACAACACGACGGCGACAACUGGCACCCUAUGGAGUAUUUCAGCCACAAAGUGCCUCCCAUCAACUCGCUUGAUGAUGCAAGGAAGAAGGAGCUGCUCGCUUUUGUGAUGGCUCUCAAGCGAUGGCGGCACUUCCUCCUUGGGCGUCGUAGGUUCACAUGGGAGGCGUGCCAGCUCGGGAGCCGUGGAGUAGUACUUGCAAGGGAGAAAACGCGCGUACUUACUCAAUCGGUCCACGACCGUGAGGAUGUCGUCGUGUCCGAGGCGGUCGCUGGGGAAUGGCCCGGUGACAUCCAUGGCAAUGGAGAGACCGGGUUCUUGCGGGAUCGACAUCGGGCGCAGCUCGCCGUAGGGGUUGCGGUUGCGGGGUUUGCUUUGUCGGCAAACUUCGCAAGAGUCGCAAUACCUCGUGACGUCGGUCAUGAGGUCGGGCCAUCGGAAUCGCUGUCGAAGUCGUGCAAUAGUGCGGUUGACUCCGAGAUGGUCGGCGAGUCGCGAAUCAUGAUACUCGCCGAGGAGGCGAGAGCAAGUACCCGGCGGGCACAUCAGACUGCUCAAAUGAUGCUUCGUACGCUCAUCCGUCCGGACCAGAAAGAUUGGGUUGACCGCCUCCCCGACAUCGAGUUCGCCUACAACACUUCGGUGCACUCGGCGAUCGGCGUGACUCCAUUCGAGUUGCACCACGGUGGACGGAAAGGCCGUAUCUUCGCCGACCUUCUCCUCCCACGACCAGCCGACAUCGAUGCCGCUUGCUCUCCCGCUUCCGUCCGGAAGUAUAGGGAAUUGCUGGCUCAAGCCUGCGCGAAUAUGCAAAAGGCUAAAGUCCGCAUGCAGCAGCAAGCCAACAGGCAUCGCGUGCCAUGUCCCAUCCGCGCCGGCGACCUGGUUUGGGUUUCCGCGGAAGAGUUUGCACUGGAACAGGAUGUCUCAUGCAAACUGCUUCCCAAGUGGUUUGGACCAUGGCCCGUAACAUCAGCCGCGGGCGACGAGCUCGAUGGCCCUUCAUUUGUGAUCAACACCCCCCCGCAUUUGACGGUCCAUCCAGUCUUUCAUGCCUCGAAGCUGGCAACAUACACGCCAGCUAAGAGCGACGACUUUCUGGGCCGACGAUCGCAGGACCCUCCUUCUAUGGAUGGUCAUCAGGAAGUUGACCGCGUCAUCACCGAUCGCAAGUACGGCAGCAAGCCGCGACAGUACAAAGUUACAUUCAAAGCAUGCGAUCGCGACGACACUCGAUGGAUUUCAGGAGCAGAUUUGAAAGCAUCCGCACCGCUGAUCUACGCGCAUUAUGAGAAGCAAAGGUUAGCUCAGGAAGCUUCACGACCAGCCCCUCCCACCCGGACUGUGGUCCCUCCCUCAGACAGACAGCUUCGCCCUCACAGCUUCCCGAAGUACGAGCAGAUCCCGGACAAUGCCGGUCGCCUCAAGCACCAGCAGGAGGGGAAGAAGUUGAGGCCAAUAGAGUACAUGUCCAAAAAGAUGCCCUCUCAGAAGUCGGCCAAGUCCACCUAUGAGAAGGAGCUCUAUGCGAUCUACAAGGCGCUCACCCAUUGGAGGCACUAUCUCCUUGGGAGGUUCUUCUACGUCAGGACUGAUCACCAGACCCUGAAGUGGAUGAGAACCCWRCCUGUGCUYUCCGAYGCUCUGAAGCGUUGGAUUGAAGUCAUAGAGCAGUAUGACUUCGAGCCCCAGUACAUCAAGGGCGAGUACAACACGGUUGCUGACGCGCUAUUGCGUAGACCAGAUUUCUCCGGUGCGCUGAUCACCGAGUUUGGGCUUGCGGACAAUGUUACUCACUCUAUGGUGGAAGCCUACUGCGAGGAUCAGUUUAUGUCCGAGAUCAAUCGCCGACUCGAGGCGAAGGACAAAAUCACUUCUGCCGAGUUUGGGUUUAGUAAGUAUGCUAGGUUAGUUGCAAUGCCGGAAACAGCAAAGACUGAGCACAUCAUUAGACUAUUCAAGGAGAACUGGGUCAGAGAUUUUGGAUUACCAAAGUCUAUCGUGAGUGACCGGGAUGUCAGAUUCACUAGCGAGUUGUGGAAGGCUGCAGCUGCAGAACAUGGGACACCACUGCAGAUGACCUCUGGGAACCACCCAGAGGCCAACGGCCAAGCAGAGCAGCUGAAUCGCGCUGUAGAUGGGGUGCCGUAUCCUGAGGUGCAGAUGCCGGAUUUUACGUAUGUGGUUGUCGCUGCUGGGGAGGUCUUCGAAGUCAGAUGUCGCUCGCUGGCGCCUUGGCCGCCAUUCUUCAUAGCAGAAUUAGCUAUCAAUGGGCAAGGUGUUGGGUAUAUCAGAAAAGGGAAGUCAAUGUCAGACUAUUGGUCCUCCUUCAACGGUUACAGGACACAGGGAGGAAGCGAUGCCCGUUAUCGCUGUUUUCAGUUUGCAAGGCCCGAACGGGUGGUCUCCGCGAGGACUUCUGACCGUGGAGAUUUGAACUCCAGCGUUGGGAAGAUGCAAGUAAGUGUGUAUCAGGCCACAAGGUUCAAGUGCGUGAAAGGCCAUUGCGAAAAGUGCAAGCACGGGCAUCACACUAACACAGGUUCCCCACCCUGUCAAGUUCCAGAAGGUGGCGUUGUGUUUCAGCCAAGUGGGAAAAAGUUUUUCAAGGCGCCCAGCAUUACUGUGAGAGGAGGGGAAGAAUUGCAGGGAUCUCGCUCUUCCUCACCGCCAGCAUUUCAUUGGCGAACAACAUGCUGGAUUCCUGUUCUGACUGUGUGCUUCCAGUUCGAGACUGCUGAUGUGUUGAUGCUCAGGGGGGUGCUUGACGCACACGAUCCUGGCCAUCUAUCUCUUCUGCCAGACCGGCUGCGCGAAGCAUAUCGUGGACCCAUACCAGGGUCCCCAAGGGCAAGGCCUGAGCAACAGGCAGGUGGCCAGGGGACAAGUGUGGUCGCCAACAUGCCGGGGACCUCGAGGGUAAGGUCUCUCAUGCAGCGAGCAAAUAGCGAGAACAGAAUUUCUUUGCCCAGACUGCUGAAAGGGAAGACUAUAUGCCGCGAUAACAAAGAGGAAGUGAUCGCAAGUAACAAGAGUUCUUUGCGCAGAGCAAACCUGCGCAUUGAAUCGCAAGAUGACGGCCCUGGAGGUCUAGCUGUAGCAGGUCUGGGAGCUGGUGCAUCCUCAAGCAGGCAAGUGGCAGGAAACGAUGGAGAUGUCGGUGGUGGCCAUUGUGUACCUCAACCGAGGGGACCCACCAAGCAAAGAGCUUGCAGAAAAAGAGGCGUUCGGGAGAUCGUGCUCAUUGCACUGAAUGAUGACGAUGAUGACGAUAGCAACAUGGUGGAUCUGACAGGCGAUAGCGACUACGAUUCUGAUUGCCGAGUCAUCAAUCCGCGGAGAAAGCGGCGGGGAUUCCGGAUCUUGCGGUCUUUUGUGCCACAAGUGGUCGUUCCCGUGGAGAGUCAGGAGAGUGGAGGGCCUACAAGUUCCGACUGCAAGGGUUUUCAAGGACUCUGGCCAGCGAAAAGCCAGCAGCAUCAGACAGGAAGGCGAUGCGAAACUGUGGUGGACUUGACACAUGACAUUGAUUGAUGAUGGUGUUGUCGUCUGGAUCGAGGAUCAGUACUGGAAUUUGAAGAGAGCGUCGUUCAAUUGUUUGUUGAAUGAGAUGAGACGAGAUGGGGCAAUAUGUAUAUAACCGGUCUGUGAAGUAGAAGCAAACAUCAUGUGAUUGUUAGAUCCCUUGGUUGCUUGUGUCUUUUCUUGCCCCCAUGCUCGACGCAAAGACGAAUAAG